AUGAAUACUUAUGACAAUCAAUAACGAAAUGUAACUUAAGUUAGGUUUGGAACCGAACAAUCAGUUGCCUCCUCUAUUUCAGCCUUUCCAAAACGAACCCAAGUUGAAUUAUUUUGUUAUCGUCAUCCAGACAGAUUUAUACAUUAAGGAUGCACAGCGUUGAACUGUUAGAAAAUGAUUAUGUGUCCAUAAUGUAACACCGAUGAUGACAUCCAUUAUCAAGAACACAAGGAGGACAUCGUUGAAUUCCCUCAUUUUUUAGAAAUCCUGGCAUCAGAGAUUAAAAAAGUCAAUAGAAAUGAUAGCAUGUAAGCAUUAUCCAUAAUUAAGGUUAUACAAUAAGAAUGUUAAAUAGCUAUUAGAAAAGGAACACACUUAUUUACUAGAAUACGAUAAUCUAUGUAAAAAAUAGGUGAAAUACUUUAAUCAAUUAAUUGAUGAUCAAACCUCCUUAAUUAUGCAACAUUUCUAUGUCUUAAGACAAACCAUUAAUGCAUUCUUUGACAGUAAUUACUUUAACAAUAAAUAGAUAGAGCAAUUCAAUACUUUUUCAAAUAAUAUUCAUUUCUUUAAAACCCAGUACUAAUAAAUUAACCCUGAAGAAACCUUGGCUCGAUAUGGAGAUGUGCCCCAAAUAGUUGCUAAAUUAUAUGCCAAAAAUCCUUAGUAAUGCUUUCACUUCUUAAAUAAUUUGAGAAAAUCAGCCAAUAUGGAAGGCCAAUUACUUUCAGACCUAGACUAUAUUUCUAAUAUGGUUUUGAGAAAUUAUGAAGAUUCGUCUUUCUUUCUCUAGGAGUUUGCCUUAAAUCAAUUAAAAAACUCUGUUGCUGAUAUGAUAGAUCAAACCAAAAUUGCAGUCAAUGACAGCUUGAAACAAAUACCAAAACUUACCUAAGAUGUUCAUGCUAGUGUUGUGUCUUAAGCAUUUAUCUCUUACAAUCGUCAUCAAGUGAAAUUGGCUUAACCUGAAUUAUUUGAAAACAGAAAAUUUAGAUUCGCCAACGUAGCUCAGAUACAAACUCAUCACUCAAAUAGUGUUACUGCCCUGGUAGCACUUUCACAUGACAUACUUGCUACAAGUUCAUAUGAUCGAACAAUCAAAAUCUGGAAGAUUUCAUCAGGUGAACUUCUGAAAACAAUUUAUGAUACAUGUUGCAUAUCUAGCAUGAUUAGUUUGAAAAUAAAGAAUGAUAAAAACACAUAGGCUGAUUCCUAUACAGAUGAGGAGAAUUCACAAUUGCACAAUCAAAUACUAAAGGGUAAUUUGAGUAAUUCAGGAUUUUAUUUGAUAACUGGAGGGUUUGAUAAAUAAAUUAAAGUUUGGGAUUUUGACAUCAUGAUUAAGGAUAAUUAAUAUGAAAUGGAUCGAAUUGCUAAAUAUGAAUCCUCGUUAUUGAGUCAAUCUUAUAACCUAUCAGUCUUCCCUAUUCACACAUUGAAGGGUCACAAUAGUUGGAUUACUGCUCUGCUCUCUUUUAAUGAUGAAAGAAACAUAGCAGCAGGUGAUGACUCAGGAGAAGUGAUAGUGUGGGACAUAAUCAAUCAAGUCCUAUUGUAUCGAUUAACUCAUAUAAGAAAUCCAGGAAUUGUUCCAUUUCUCAGUCUCACUAUUCCAUUUUAAUAGUUUUGCUGUUCUUCUGGAACUUAUUUAAGAAUUUACUCAUGUAAUUUUUUGAAUCUAUAUGAUUUUAGUGUUUUAUAAGUCUCAAGAGGAAAUAUAUCCGAAUCCAAAAUUUAAAGAAAGACUAGAAGCUAAAUUUGCUCCCAAAAAAAAUCCUAUUUAGAUCGCUCCACAACUAUCAAAUGUCUAGUUGGAUAAGGAGAUUGAUAUUUUUUGGGGAGUCACAGGAUGCAUAAGUCCAAGUAAUUAUCCGAAUCUUCUUAUCGUUUUUGGUAAUCAACCAAACAAAUUAAAAUAUGUUAUGCUUAAUAAAAAUAAAGUUGUUGAGAUUAACACGGAUAAUGAAACUUAUUGUGGGCAAUUACUUUUGAUUGAAAAACAUAGAAUUCAUGAUACUCAGAUGGACUAAUUUUAUAAGAACAUAAAUUUCAUAAUGAUGGGAGAUAAGAGUCUCGCAGUAUAUGAUGGCUAUGGUACAAAAAUCCGAGCAUUGGAAUCACAGAUGGAUGAUCUUUAUGCUAGCAAUAUUUUAUGUUAAAGGAAUAUGUAGAUUCUGAAGCUUGAGAAAAGAAGUGUGAAAAAAACACUGAAAUUUGCUUGCGUUUCACAAUACGGCACCCAAGAUUACAAAUACAAGUCAGCCAGAAUAACCCUUUUUGAAAUUUCUUAUGAUACCAUAUGA